UUAUUUAGCCACUGUAGUCCUUAUGUGUUAGCAUUCCAGUUUUUGUGAUAGUUCAUUGCGUUAAACCACUGUGGGCGAGUUCAGAAAUAACACACGGUGAGUUACACACCGGGUGUGAGUGCGAUUUGAACCUAAAAUUUUUUCGAAAAGAAUAAGCGCGUAUCGCCCCGGAGCUGUUCCAGAGUUCCUCCUAAGUGUGGAAGGAAUACAAACAACUAUUUGCGUACGCAAAGAUGCAGUUCGAAAAAAGGCUACUACUGCAAGCCAAUAAGAAUAAGCAAGGACAUGGUCAUAGUUCAAGAACAGUUAUUGCAUGGACCCGAAUUAGUUUUUCCUACCGCGAACAAAAAAAAAUCUUCACAGUUCAAUUUAUCAAGUUUGUUUACCAGUUGCCAGAUGGCACCACCAGGCAAUUUGCCAUUUGGGUGUGACGUUUUCUUUUCAAUUUACAUUACAUUUUACAUUCAUUACAGCAAAUGUUUAAUACAAAAUACGAUGUAAAACACCGUUACAAAACAGUAAAAAAUCUGCCAAAGUAGAAUAUAAAUUAGUUUAGAGAUGGCUUUACGAAACGCGGCAGCCGAUUAUUUCAGCAAAUUGAACCCGAUAGCUUCGCGAAUCUACACAGAUUUGCAAGAAACUAAAAAUUCUUACGAAGACUUGUGGAACAAAUUGUCCACGGCGGAGCAGGAACAAAUUCUAACCGAAAGUAUUAUCAAACCUGAAGUAUCUGUUAAGUAUAGUGUUCCUCAAACGACUCAAAAUAAUGAAGAUUAUGCUGUUAAGAUAGUUGUAGACGAUCAUUGCUCAUACCGAGACGAGCAUUCGGGGCCUUUUAGUUUCAGAACAAAAAGCCAAAGAAAUUUGACUGUUUUUCAUGGAGAGCAACCUAAGACUAAACCUACUAAAACCAGUGAAAAUCUGGUUAAGAGUAGAACUAAACCUAUACCAAAGUUAGCACCAAAUGUACCUUCAUAUGCUCAAGACGUAGACUUAAAUGACAUAUCUUAUGUACCAAGAAAUGAUGAUGAUGGCUUAAGUUCAAAUUCCAGCACUCUACCAAAAACUGGGUUGGACUUUUUAGAUAAUUGGUAAAUUAUUGUAUUUCAAAGAGCUACAAAUAAACCUUAUAUUUUUUGUAUGUGUAUUUGUAUUUUGUUUUUAUUUAAUUUAUUCUUAAUUUUUGUUUUGUUGUAAUAUUUACGAUAAGGAUUUAUGUAACUACUAAAAAUAUACUAAAUAAAAAAAUUGACUUAUUUUAUUUUCCUCGUCUUCUACAAUUAUUAAUACAAAUUACUUCAAAACCUUAACAUACAAAUACAAAAAUUAUUGAUUAUUAGGAUUCCUUUUAGCAUUCUCACUGCACACUUGAUACUCGAGCAUUCUAAAAAUCAGUUCUUUGUACAUUUCAGUCAACUGUCAGGUGGACUGAGAUUGCAUUUGAGGUACGCUCAUGCUCGAGCCUGGAGUGCUAGCUCCUGGUUGAACUUGAGGCUGAACUGGCAGUCUUUGGGGUUGAGGAGCUGCUGGUCUUCCUUGUGAAUGUUUGAGCUUAAUUUUCUCCAAUUCAUUUACACGGGAUCUAGCAUGCUCCAACCUGUGCCAAGCCAUCUGAAGCACCUUCUGAGAAGCAUAUCCGGAUCCUUCGUGUGGUUGCCCUGUGGAGACUUGGGUCAGAUAAUUGAUUUGAUCUGUUAGUUUGUUUUCGACCGAGCCGAGGGUUUUCAGGAAGGUUUGCGUGUGGUUUUCGGCCUGUUUCAAGCUCGAUUUUUCUUUGCUGAGUUCCAAAAAGACUUG